UAUGUUUGAUGUUUGUUGGGCCUAAGCUUGGCUUAGUGAGACUUAUUCAAACCUUGAAGGAUAGUGUUAUGAUUUCUUCUUCUUGUUCUGUUAUUCCUUGAAUAAUGCUUACAAGUUGCAUAUGCAUAAUGAAUUACAUACACAUAAACUUUAUAUAUGAGUUGCAUCUGAAAAUGGUUAUGCAUAUUUUUGGUCUUAUACACCUACAUUUAUACUUUUAUAAGGAAAUGGUAUAUUUUAGAAAAUGGUAAAGCGUGGGGAGAAGAAUAAAAGGUGACAAAAUAUUCAAGCCAGUUUUUUUUUGAAAAAGAUGAUGUCAGAGAGAACUGAAACUGUUCUUAACAGAGCAACCAUGAAGAUGUAUGCGUGGGGUUUCUUUCUAUUUCCAUUUAUACUCUCUCUCCCCACACCUAUUCUUCUCUCUCCUCAGGUUUCCAUUUUUGGCAAUAAAAAAAGAUUGCAUACGAUAACAUAACCAUCACCAGAUCCAAACAUCACAUGCUUUAUCUCUAUGUAUAUAUGAGACAAUGAGACAUGGUUAUAGAAGAGAGAGACCAAGAGAAGGGCUACAUGGAUGUUUCUUGUUUCCAGGAAUACCCUUUUGAUCUUCAUUGCAGAGGAGCAUUUAAUGGCUUUGGAGAAAACAAUGCAGUGGAGCUCUCUAAUAAAAGAAGCAUUCUGAAGGAGAGUGAUGAAUUUAAGAAGAAGAAGAAGAAGAAGCAGAGAGGUUCUUCUAGGGUUUGUAGCAGAGGACACUGGAGAGUCUCUGAGGAUUCUCAGCUAAUGGAGCUUGUUUCUGCUUGUGGUCCUCAAAACUGGAACCACAUUGCAGAGAAGAUGCAAGGAAGAAGAACAGGAAAGAGUUGCAGAUUGAGGUGGUUUAACCAGCUAGACCCAAGGAUCAACAAAAGAGCAUUCAGUGUUGAGGAAGAAGAGAGGCUACUUGCAGCUCACAGAGCAUUUGGCAACAAAUGGGCUAUGAUUGCUAAGCUUUUCAACAGAAGAACAGACAAUGCAUUGAAGAAUCACUGGCAUGUCCUCAUGGCAAGAAAGUUGAGGCAGCAAUCGACUUCUUACCUCAGGAGAAUCAAUGAGUCUUCUUACAAUCCUACUUCAGAUCACAAAACCUUCACUCUCCCUCAUGGUAUUGUAGAUGAUGAAGAUAUGAAUUUGGAAAAGAAGAGCUGGAAAACGCUAAAAGAAGAGUAUACAACUAACCUGAAAGCUCAGUAUCUGCAAGAAGAGUAUUGUUCUUUGCGCAUGCCAAUGCAGGGCCCGCAUCAUCACUCCCCAACCUUCCCUGCAGAUUCCUUAGCACUGACACUGCAUGUCUCCAUCCAGGAACCAUCAUUAUCACCAUCACUGUCGUCAUCAUCAUGUGCAGAACAUAGAGUGGUGGCCAGAUAUUUUGAGACCACCAAACCUCCAGCAUUUAUAGAUUUUCUUGGGGUCGGCCACCAAAGCCCUAACAAGACUUGACUACUGAUGUCAUUAUUAUCAAAGUCCAUGUCUUUUGUAAGCCAUUAACAUGACAAGCUAAAGAAACCAAAUGUCUUCUUUUCUCUUUCACCACCAUAUAUGUCAUUUAUUGAAUUUCAACAACGAUGAUAUAUUUAAACGAUGAUAUAUUUAAUAGACCAACAUUUAUAUUCGUCAUUUUAUAAUCGAUAAAAAUUGUAAUGUUGCAAAAUGUUAAAACCACUUAAUAAAUAAAUAUUAUUAUAAAAACUAACUCCGUGCAUGCGCGCGAGUUAUCAUCUAGUAGUUUGUAUAUUAUACAAACCAUACGAUUAUUUAUCAAAAAAAAUGGUGCGUAAAUAUUUCGAAGAACAAUUGAUAACACACAAAUGUAACAAAAAAAGUAACAAAAACAUGUAAACGAUUUAGUGGUAUCUAUUAAAACAUACUUAGAUAUGAUAAACAGUUCCUGUAUACAUGCUUGAAUCGAAUGUUUGUAUUGGAUUUGAUUCAGCAGAAAAUACUAAACCGAGAAAUAAUUGGUUUUGAAACACGUACUCAAUUGAUAUGUAAAAGUAGUAAAUUGAAUUUUGGAAAGAUAGGAUUUGAUUAUGCAAAACAUACAAAACCGUGAAAUAAUUGGUUUUGGAACACCUUAUUUCUGGUUUAGUAUGUAACUAUAAUUUCGAUGGUUUAAUAAUAUUGUAAACCAACGUGAUUAUAGGGCAGUGACAUUCUAAUGUAAUAUUUGUAGAAACUCAGGUAUAUUUCUGAAAUGUACUCA